GCGGGAUUCCCACCCAUGGCCGGUGCGCGCGUGCUGGGUGAGAGCGGGGGCGGCGGGGGCGCCGCCGCCGCCGCCGCGGCCCCCAUGGACUACUCGGUGCACGAGGCUUGGAACGAGGCCACCAACGUCUACCUGCUGGCGGUGCUGGCCAGCCUGGCUCUGCUGGUCUACGCGCGCAGAAAUAAAAGGAAGAUCAUGAGGAUUUUUACGCUACCUCCUGCUGUAGAAGUACCACCUGAGCCAAACUUUUAUGAUAGCGUGAAAAAAAUUCGUCUACGGCAGCAGCUAGAGAUGUACUCUAUCGCAAGGAAAUACGAUCACCAGCAGCAACCGCAGAAGCAGACUGAUAGUGUACAGCUAUUGGUGGAAUGAAGUCUUGAAGCUCUGAAGCUGAGAGGAUGACGGAAAGUUUGGGAUGUAGUCAUUUUCAAUGCGACUUGAAUAGUAUAUCGAUUUGUAUUUGGAAUUCUUGCCUUGAGCUGACGUAUGUAAAUGUACGAGCUUUUUUUGAAAUCGGGAAAAUUAACCUGGCUGAUACAUAUUGGUCCUGUUCUCCAGUUUGCAUCACAAACGAUUUCCAGUAAAAGUAGGAAUUGAUAAAGUUAAAGCAGGACUGCUGGGACGUUCAAUGUGGGUAUCACAGCUAUUCCCAUUCAAAAGGGAUGAGAAAGGCACAUGACAUUUGAUGUGCCUCAGUGCAGUUAAUAAAGUAGUUGGUGCUGGCAGAGAACAGAAUAUAUACUGAGAGGCUCACAAUAAAUACCAAAUGUCCUGUUUGGGUUAUAUAGAAUAUAGAUGAAGAGAUAAAAAUAUUAGAAUGUACAAAUUUUCCUUUUUGACCUGGUAAACAGCGGUGGAUAAAAUAAUAAGUA